AUGGCUCGUCAUGGCGGCGGCGGCGGCGGCAGCUGCACGUCGAAGGCGUCUCUGGCCAGGUACAUCCCGCGGGCCCUGCGGGGCCGGAAGAAGCAGCAGCCGUACCUCAUGGGGGGGCGGCGGCGGGCGCCCGACGGCUACGCGGCGUCGGUGGAGCUCAGCGCGAGCGCCGGCUCCACGUGGCCCGCCGACUCGGUGGUGCGGGUGGUGCUCUGGAGCGGCAUCGUGGAGGUGUACGCGGGCGUGGUGCUCGCCUGCGCCGUCGUCGGCAACCACCCGCCGGGCCUCUGCCUCGCGCACCCGGACGUCUUCCGCAACCCGCACGGCGCCACCGUGCGCCCGCUCGAGCCGCUCUUUCCCGGCCAGAAGGUGCUGCUGCUGCCCGAGACCACCGUGCGGCGGCUCCAGCGCGAUAUACCGGAGGGCUCCGUCGGGGCCAACCCCGACCACGACGACGGCCGCGACGAUGAGGAGGCGGAGGCGUCCACGGACGAAGAUAUGUCGUCAUCGUCGUGGUCGGCGGAGGAGCGGGAGGCGGCGCCGGAGGGGUGCUGCGCGAGGGACUACUUCGUGAACCGGGAACUCUGGGCCGAGUGGCAGUUCAAGAGGAUGGUGGCCCGCGGGCUCGCCGACAAAAAGGAGUGUGGCGUUGGGCCGGCGAGGAAGGACAAGAAGAGGAGGAGGAACACAAAGCCCCCGGACGGCUUGCAGCCUGAUGCCACGGCGGCGUGCAAGAACUCCCGCAGGAUAUCCCAGGCGCAGAAGUGGACGAGGCCGUGGGAGCCCAGCCUGCCGUCCGUGGACGAGGACGAGGAGGACGCGACGCCGCCGUCGACCCCUUCAUCGGAGGCGGCGGCGAGGACCGACCACGAGACGGCAUGA